AUGAAGAAGGAGGACAUAAAGCAAACGCAGAACAGCAUUCAGCUGCCCCCUCCCCGCCCGCGACAGAGGGAGUCCAGGCUCGCACGCCUCUGGUUCCAGUACUGUCUUCUCACCGGUUCCUGGGCCAUCGAGCCCUGGGAGAAAGUCCUGUUCCAUUCCAUCGUCUUCCUCAUCGUGUUCUUCUUCCUGCGCAUCGUCUACAACGCGAUCUCGGGAUUCCUCUUUUAA